AUCAAAACCCCCCCACCUCCUCUCUCAUUUUGCCUCUUCCUCCUUCUACCCUCAGCUCUCUCGCUCUCCCUCUCCUUAAUUUCUCUUGGCUUUCGGCCUUCUUCUGCUCAAGGUCUCUAUCUCUCUCUUAUCCUUGUCCUGUAUCGUUCAUGCAAAAGAUCAGGUUUAUUUAUUAGUUCUUACUGGGAAUUUUUUGCAUUUUGAUUGUCUGCAGUUGGUUUUUGAAGGUCGGUCUCGUUCUUUUUUCCCUGGUAUACGAGAAGUUCAUUUUUUUUUUCCGCUUUUGGAUUGUCUUCAUCAAGAAAGAUACAGAAGUUCCAAAGAAAGAGAGAAAGAGAUGGCUCCAGUUUCAUUGCCUCCUGGUUUCCGUUUCCACCCUACUGAUGAGGAACUCGUUGCUUACUAUCUCAAAAGAAAGAUCAAUGGACAUAAGAUAGAGUUAGAGAUCAUCCCUGAAGUUGAUCUUUACAAGUGUGAGCCAUGGGAUUUACCAGGGAAAUCAUUAUUACCCAGCAAAGAUCUAGAGUGGUACUUCUUUAGCCCUCGAGAUCGAAAGUACCCAAAUGGAUCAAGAACUAAUCGUGCAACAAAAGCUGGGUAUUGGAAGGCCACAGGGAAGGAUCGAAAAGUGAACUCCCACACACGUCCUGUGGGCAUGAAGAAAACCCUGGUUUACUAUAGAGGUAGAGCCCCCCAUGGUGCUAGAACCGGUUGGGUAAUGCAUGAAUAUCGCCUCGAUGAAAGAGAAUGCGAAACUGCUUCUGGCCUGCAGGACGCAUAUGCACUUUGUCGUGUGUUCAAGAAGACUGCAAAUAUCCCCAAGAUUGGAGAGCAUUUUGCCUCAACAUCAAAUCAAAUGGCUAGUGAACUUUCUUCUAGUAUGGAACUAUAUUCAGAAGGAAGAUGUGAAGAUUUUGAGAGCUCAAAUUAUCCUAUGCCUUUAGACACAUGCUCACCCAGCAUUGCCAAUAAUGGAUCCCCUCUUCAUCUGGGUGAAACAAGAGAUGGGAAAUGGGGGCAAUGCUUGUCAGAAGAAGCUUUUGGCUUCUCAUCUCCAUCGUUUUCAGGUUAUGGAAAUGUUCCUUAUUACCCACCAUCAAAGGUUGAUAUAGCAUUAGAAUGUGCUAGGUUGCAGCAUAGAUUUUCACUGCCCCCAUUGGAGGUAGAGGACUUCCCUCAAGUGGGACUCACUGACUUGAGAGUGAUGCACUCAAAUCCCACGUAUGAUCAAAACACAAAUAGUACAGAUAUUCUGCAGGAAAUCCUUUCGGUAGCUCAUGCAUCCCAAGAACUGAUAAAUCAAUCUAAUCUUCAAGAUACAUGGGGUGGAAAUUAUUCUGCUGAUAAUAAUGACUUCACUUUCAUAGCUGGGAAAGAUGCUCAUGGUCAUCUCUAUAGCGACAUUUGCUCUACGAGAUGUAUGGACAAAUCAUGGGAGGAUCCUAACUUAAGGUCUAUAGAAAUUGGAAAUUUGGAUGAAGAUUUCAAGACAGGGAGGAUGAUAGAAAACUUGAGAUGGGUAGGAAUGUCAAAUGAAGAACUAGAGAAGAGUUUCAUGGAGGAACACAAGGUUGUCCCAAUAGAAAAUAUUUCGACUUUCCAGACAAGAAAAGAGAAUGAAUUUCAAGGAGAAAAAGGAGACUGCUUAGGAUUCAAUGGGACAGAUGAUUAUUCACUCGAAUUCAUCAAUGAUGAUCCUAACGGUAACUUCAUCGAUGAAGGAAAUGUGGAUGAUUUAGCAAGUUCGCCAAGCUUCGAGGUUGUUGAGGAGAUCAAAGUCAAUCAUGGAAUGUUUGUUUCGACUCGCCAGGCAGCUGAGACAUUUUUUCACCGAUUAGUGCCUUCCCAAACUGUCAAGAUCCACUUGAACCCCGAGAUGACUGAUAGCUUCUCAAUACAGAAAGUAGACAUGCAAGGUGCACUAGAUGAGACAACAAGGUCCUAUAACACAUUUUCCAGGGAAAGUAAAUUCCUGGAAAUCAGCAAGUUAAUUAUACAUCCAUGGAAGACAAUGGCAACAACUGUUAUUUGCAUGAUUCUGAUAAUCCUGAUGCGGUUUUUUGAGGUGGGAGAAAAUGUGGGAAAUGAGAAUAAGGUGAUGCGGGGUUUCAGGGAAAUUGGCAACGUGAGGCCCAAGAAAAAGGAAGAAAGAAACAGGUGCUGGAAUGAGAAAACUGAAAAGGAUUUGGUGGUGAGCAUAAGAGGUAGGAAUCAAUUUAGUGUUUUACUAAAGAAAUUAGGGGUUUUUCUAACAAUUUCUUUGGCUGUUUGUACCAUGUGGGUGAACCAUGUCAUCCUUGCCUCUUGAAUUUCCAUUUUUAUUAUUUUAUUUUUCCAUCUAACAAAUUAUAACUUAAUUUGGGGUAGAAAUUAAUGGAGCCUUCUCUAAUGGUGAAGGCAGAUUUCUUUUAUUUUAUUUUAUUUUAUUACAUUUGUAUUCAUUCAUAUAUUACAGAUACUUGUAA